CUCGCCGCAGCGCACAGCCCCUGCCCCGCCCCUCCCCGCGCGCCCGCGCGAGGCCCGCGGCCAGGCGGCUGCAGAAGCGGGGUGGGGCACGUGGGCGCGCGGGGUGCUCUCGUCCCCCUCCCCGUGCCCUGCGCCCGCGCGCGUGCGCGCCCCGCACCGCAGCCCCGGUGGUCAGAGCGCCCCGCCCCGCCCCCGCGCGCGCGCCCUGCCCUCCCCGCCUCCCCGCGCCCCUCCCCUCGUGCCCCUCCCGCGCCCUACAUCCAGCGCUCGGCCGAGGGGCCUCAGUCGGUCGUGGCUACCUCCGCCACCGCCGCCACCGCCUCUGCCGCCACCGCGCAUCGGCCAGGAGCGGGCAGCGGCCCCCGACCCCGCCGCCCUGCCAGCAGCCCAGCCUGCACUUUGGAAGUUGCUGCCACCUGUGUCCUGCUUUUCCAAGUACAUCCCAGUUCUCUGCAGAUCUCACGUGAGGUCCUUCCAGAUACAAGGUGGGCACCAUGUCGGAGAAGUUCAAUUGCUUCUACUGCAGGGACAACCUGCAGGGGAAGAAGUAUGUGGAGAAGGAUGGCCACCACUGCUGCCUGAAGUGCUUUGACAAGUUCUGUGCCAACACCUGUGCUGAGUGCCGCAAGCCCAUUGGUGCUGACUCCAAGGAGGUACACUAUAAGAACCGCUUUUGGCACGACUCCUGUUUCCACUGCUUCAAGUGCCACCAUCCUUUGGCCAGUGAGACGUUUGUGGCCAAGGACAGCAAGAUCCUGUGCAACAAGUGUGCCACUCGGGUGGAUUCCCCCAAGUGCAAGGGCUGCUUCAAGGCAAUAGUAGCAGGUGAUGAGAACGUGGAGUACAAGGGCACUGUGUGGCACAAAGACUGCUUCACCUGCAGCAACUGCAAGCAAGUCAUCGGGACUGGGAGCUUCUUCCCCCGGGGGGAGGACUUCUACUGCGUGACUUGCCACGAGACCAAGUUUGCCAAGCAGUGCGUGAAGUGCAACAAGGCCAUCACCUCUGGAGGAAUCACUUACCAGGAUCAGCCCUGGCAUGCCGAGUGCUUUGUGUGUGUUACCUGCUCUAAGAAGCUGGCUGGGCAGCGUUUCACCGCUGUGGAGGACCAGUAUUACUGCGUGGAUUGCUACAAGAACUUUGUGGCCAAGAAGUGUGCUGGAUGCAAGAACCCCAUCACUGGGAAAAGGACUGUGUCAAGAGUGAGCCACCCAGUGUCUAAAGCUAGGAAGCCCCCAGUGUGCCACGGGAAACGCUUGCCUCUCACCCUGUUUCCCAGCGCCAACCUCCGGGGCAGGCAUCCGGGUGGAGAGAGGACUUGUCCCUCAUGGGUGGUGGUUCUUUAUAGAAAAAAUCGAAGCUUAGCAGCUCCUCGAGGCCCGGGUUUGGUAAAGGCUCCAGUGUGGUGGCCUAUGAAGGACAAUCCUGGCACGACUACUGCUUCCACUGCAAAAAAUGCUCCAUGAACCUGGCAAACAAGCGUUUCGUGUUCCACGCGGAGCAAGUGUACUGCCCCGACUGUGCCAAAAAGCUGUAGAUGAACAACCCCAUCCUGUAAAAUGGAAUCUGAGUCUCAAUCUUUUGUGCUCUCGCUCUCUGCCCUUGCACCAUCCCUAGGGACAGAGGGAUCCUACACCCCCUCCAAGUUGCUACCCCUGUCUUCUCCAUUUUACAGCACUACUCGCCCCCAGCUCGGGGCACCCAGCGAUCAGAGUAGGCCUUAGUGCAGAAUUCCUUUUCUCCAUAGCUGCGGUCAGAUGGCCACCAUGUAGCUAGACUGACUGCAUGUUUAUCAUAGAGCAGAAAAGUGCUAACCAAGUAGCCGCUUAGUGAUGUAUGCAAGAAGCUUCAGAAACCAUAGAGACCCCCCCAUGCACACCCCCCACCCCAAUCCCAAACACUGUGUCACCAGGACACACACACACACACACACACACACACACACACACACACACAAGUUGCAGCGGCUGCUCCAACUUGGCUGCUCACCCUUGUUCUGUGAGCAGAGAACUUCCGGAAAUGCAUGGUUUAACUUCCUCUUUGGAAUUUUCCUUCUGUUCUUCUAUGCUUUCAAAGGACUAACCUGAACUUCCCGGAGUCUGACAUUUUGAACUUAGCUGUACUUCUCAACUGAUCUCCUCCCGAUCCCUUACUAACUUUUGAUUGGCCCGAGUGGUGUGUUUUUCUGAGUGUCCCCCUCUCAUGAGUGGGACUUGCAGGUGAUUUGGAAAGUAGAGGCAGAGCUAGGAAAACGAGCCUGCUUCCAAGGAACAGCGCCGCAGCCGACGCUUCUGGAAGCUUUGACAGAACUAACUCAGCUCUCUCCUUUUUCUUCUUUGUUUUGUUGGUGGUUUUUUAUUUCUUUUUUUUUAAUUGAUGGCAUUUUAAUUUGUUUUAAUUCAUAGCAAUGUAGUUUAUGGGUUUGGAAACUUGCAUGAAAAUAUUUUAGCCUCACCCCCUGCCUAAGGUUCCUGCAGUUUUAAGCUUCACCUGCAGAAGUCAGCUGAACAUUCUAGAAGGCUGGCUACACAGGCGCCAGGACCAUCACUGACACGGAUGUGAUAUUUCCAGACAGUGACAAGCUGAAUCCCAUGUAACACAAUAGCUGUCUUAUUAUCCGUGUAUACUUAGAAGCCCGCCAAGUCCCUUGCUCCUCCAGAGCUUAGCUGGCUCUCUGGAGGGCUGGGGGGGGGGCACUGCCCGUAGAUGGAAGCCUUGACCACACAGCGCUUACGUGAGAUGCAGGAUCACCUAUUUGCUAUAUUCUAUGACGCUGUUAUAUGACAUAGUACAAUGAGAUAUCAGAGUAACCUGUAAUGACAAUACACCAUUCUCGUAGGAGUGGUUAGCCCAACUGACACCCGAUUUCUACAUGUUGUCAUUAGCUAUUAUCAUCUUAACGUUUCAGUGUAUCUUUACAGAAAUAAAGCAGCAUAUAAAUA